CAAAGUAGUAUAUGACGUCAUGCAUGUUAUCUCUACAGAGAUAAACUCACUGCAGUAUGUCGCCACGUGUAGUAGCGUUCACUCAUAUCGUCUCUACUGUGAUUUUUAUAGGCUAAUAUAAUUGUUAUAAUAAAGAAGAAACAUAAAAUAUCAGGGAUAUUUAAUUUAUAUACACGUCAUAUUGGAUGUAUUUUCUUAGAAAAGUUCAACUAAAAUGAUAUGGCGAAACUCAGCGUGUUUUCUCUUACAGUAUUAGCAGCCGUUGUUGUGGUAACACUGUCACAUUCUCACGAACCGCAAACAUUUCAGGUUUCAGUCGAGAUAAAAGGAGGCUAUUCGUGUACUGGUGCAGUUUUCACCGCUUAUUAUAUACUGACUGCAGCCUCAUGUGUUUACAAUGUCUCGACCUCAGAUGUGUUAGUCCGGACAAAUACAGUCACGCCCGGAUGGAGAGGGACUGUACAUAUGGUGCGAGAGGUGGCCAUCCACCCUGACUAUACUCCGGACAGUCUGUUCCCUGCCAACAUCGCUUUGUUGAAGCUCCAGAAAAAAUUACAUUUUGGAAAUCAAAUUACUCCAGUUACUCUGUGGCGACGGAUGCCCCAUAUUGGAAGUGAGGGAUUCACUACAGGAUGGGGAACAGCUUGUGACCAGUUUAACGAGAUUUCCCAAAAAGCACAGUUGAAGAAAUCCUUUAAAGUUCCAGUAGUCAUUGCGGAGCCAAGAUACUGCUUUGUUAUCAAUAACAGGACCUAUCUGAGCUGUGUGUCUUCCACAACGUCACUCUCAUACAGUCCUUGCCAGACCGAUAUGGGAGGACUCUUGAUAAUACACAAGAAGCUGGCCGGCCUCAACCUCCUCACAAUAAACAGGGCUUUGUCAGUGUUUACCUCAAUCAGCCCCUACAUUACAUGGAUUAAGAGUGCAGCUUUCAGAACACACUCAGAAAACUUUUUCGAAAACAGGAAUAAAUAAAUGUACAUAGCGGUCCAUAGUAUCAAGUUGUAGUAGUAUUAGUUCGAUCUUUCUGUAUUCAAAUCUGAGGAACCAGUAAAUUUUAAAAUCUAUUUAAUUUUUACCAAUGUAUUAUAAAGGGGAAUCGACGAUUGAAAGCCCUGUUGAAAUUAUUUAUAUCACAUUUAAUUUGCUGGAUUGUUUUUAGAUUUAAAAUUUUUAUGAUAAAUUACGUGUUAGUUUACGUAUUUUUUUAUAUAAAACUUAAAUUUACGUAAAUUUUAUACAUGUGAACUAAAAAAUUAGGCAGAAAAUCGUUUGUACACUAAUUUAUGUCUGCGUAUUUCUGCGACUUCAUUCCGAAACCUACGAUAUGGCAUUGUAUAUUUUAAGAAUAUCCUUCAAGAAAUAUAUAACUUCAAGUAAAAAACGUUAUUUUCACUCAUACUACUAAUUUUCCUCAUAUGUUAUUUUAGCACAUAUUUACUUAAUAUGUUCAGCUGAAAUAAAGUUUAAGUUAAAUAUAACUAA